AUGUUCUCCCUUUCUACCCGAGCUAACCUUGUGACCUGCAUCUGCUUGCCCGUUUUUGAGCUGGAUGGUCUGAAAUCUGGGCCAGUGAAUUUGGGCGACAUCCCUGGGCAUGGUGGAAACCUCGCUAGCACUUCUUGCUCUGGAGUCCACGGUGACGACUGGCUAAGCGUGGCGUCCCCGGCGAUCGAGGAGCGCAUCGCUAGGUACUCUGCCGGAGAGAUCCGGUUCAACCUCUUGGCGAUCGUCAAGAACCGCAUGAGGGCUUGGGAUAAGCUCAGGGGGCUACAGUACCGACCCCAAGCUGUUAUUAGUCAAGAGUUCCCCCAAAGACCUUCACGACAGCUCGUGUAUUUACUCGCUGUGCCCGAGGCUGCACCCGAGACGCACACCCGAGUGUGCCUCAUCACCAUAACCGCCAUUUAUAUUUCCUCGUGUAGCCUUCCCUACCAAACCUUGUGGUUCUCAGCAGUAUGA